AUGACAUUAACCACACUUUAUCUCCGGAUGAUUUGUAUACUUUCAGCUUGCUGGUUUCUCCCACUGCUCUGCCUAGCCCUCUUCCCCUCUCCGCUGGUCCGCUCCUCUGACGUCACCAUGACCGACAACGCCAACAUGGAGUUCUCCCGCCGACUGGCUCUCUUUUCCAACAAUGUCUACGAAAAGCUGUCGGCGCAGAAUCCCAGCCAGAACAUCAUUUUUUCACCCUUCUCUAUCCAGACGUGUGCGGCGAUGGUUCGGAUGGGCGCGGAAGGAGAGACGGCCACCCAGUUGGACCAGGGUCUUGGUUUGGCCUCCAGCGAUGCGGAAAAAAUCGCCGAUAGUUUCCGCAAGGUACUGGCCGCCUACAAGGACAGCAAGGUCCUGCGGAUCGCCAACAAGAUCUUCGUAAUGAAGGGCUAUCCACUACGUCGGCAGUUUGUCCAGCUGCAGAUUAAGAAGUUCCUCUCGUCGGCGAGGAGCGUCAACUUCGCCAAGAGCGACAAGGCGGCAGCCACCAUAAACAAGUGGGUAGAAAAGCGCACCAAACACUUGAUAAAAGACUUGGUUCCGGCCACCGCACUGAACGCCAAUUCACGACUGGUUCUAGUGAACGCAAUCCACUUCAAGGCCACCUGGCAGUACCAGUUCUCCAUAUAUAAAACCUGGCCGGCUUCCUUCCACUUGAAUGGGGACCACAGCGUCCGUGUUCCGAUGAUGGCUUUAAAGGAGUGGUUUCGAUUUGCCAAUCUACCAGAACUGGACGCCUCAACCUUAGAGCUGCCCUUCAAGGACUCUAACCACUCCAUGUUGAUCGUCCUGCCCAACAACAGGACGGGUUUGUCCGCCAUGGAGGAGAAGCUGCGUGUGACGCCACUUUCGCUUAUUACGCAGGCACUGCAAAAGACUGAGGUACUAGUGAAGUUGCCCAAGUUCAAGGCCGAGUUCCAAGUGGAGUUGAGUGAUGUUUUCCAAAAGCUGGGCAUGUCGAAGAUGUUCACCGACCAAGCGGAGUUCGGCAAAAUACUUGAGAGCCCCGAGCCUCUGAAGGUGUCGGCCAUCAUACACAAGGCCUUUAUCGAUGUGAACGAAGAGGGAACAGAAGCAGCGGCUGCCACGGGUAUGGUCAUGAUACCCUAUUCGAUUACUAUUUACCCCCCGGAACUGAAACGCUUCACUGUAGACCAUCCAUUUAAGUUCUACAUUCUCAAUAAGGACUCAACUGUUCUUUUUGCUGGAAGCAUACCCGUUAAUGGUGGCCACCGCCUGGGCGCUUUGCGCAAAGUUGACGCUCUGCGCCGCCGAGAGGAACUCCUUGGUCAGCAGCUGGUCAAACUCCUGGCGCAGCGGAUGGCCCUCCAUCACGAAGAUCUUGUUGGCAAUCCGCAGGACUUGGCUGUCCUGGUAGGCGGCCAAUACUUGGUUGAAGCUGUGGGCGAUUUGGCCCGCGUCGCUGGAGGACAGACCAAGACCAUGGUCUUUAGCACGGCAUCGAAGUUCUCGGCUAUCUCCCGCACAUCCCGCCCUCCGAACCGGAGACCCUCAUCCAACUCCUUGGCCGUGGCCGAUCCCUCCGUGGCUCCCAUCCGCACCAUUCCACCAGAAGUUCUGACGGACAGCGGGGAGUGGAUGAUGUUCUGGCCGGGAUUGGCCCGGCUCAGCUACAUUCCCUGGUGGAAGUCAGUUCCACGCCGUCUGACAGACACCUCGCACCUACUCCAGCUGCCCUCUGAUUGCCUCCGUUUAAUUCUUUUUUCCGGUGUCAAGAUGAGCGAUCCCCAAGAAAGUAGAAAUCUGUUUUCUCGAACCCUGAUAGAUACCAUUACCAAGGAUGCCCUGCAGCAAAGUGAUGAGGGUCAAAUCAACACGGUUUUCUCACCCGCGUCCGUCCAAAGUUGUUUGACCCUGGCUUUCAUGGGAGCCUCGGGAUCGACGGCCGAGGAGCUGAGGAAUGGACUGCAGCUGGGAGCAGGGGAUCGCCACCACAUAGCUCGCACCUUUGGCGAGUUCUGGCGGACGAACUGCAACUACGGGGAAAGGGGACCUGUGCUGAAGUCCGUGAACCGAUUGUACGUGAACGACAACCUGGAACUGCAGCCGGAAUUUAACGAGAUCGCCGGGGACUUUUUCCAGUCGAAGGCGGAGGCGGCGAAGUUCGCCGAUUCAGAGGGAGCCACGCAGCAGAUCAACGCCUGGGUGGAGAAGGAAACGGAGCAAAAGAUCAGCAACCUACUUCAAUCGGAUGCCGUGAACGACGAGACGAGUGCCGUGCUCAUCAACGCCUUGUACUUCAAGGGAAAAUGGCUGAAACCCUUCAUGCCAGAGACCACGUCGAUGGAUGCCUUCCAUGUGGAUAUGGACUCCCGUGUGGAAGUGAGCAUGAUGUACCAGGAGGACAAGUUCAGGUUUGCCGAUCUCGGACAGCUAAAUGCUACGGCCGUGCAGCUGCCGUACGAGUACUCGAACAUCCACAUGCUUAUCCUGCUGCCCAACGAAAUCUCUGGCCUGCAGGACUUGGAACUGAAACUCAACAACGUGGAUCUAGCCGACAUUGACGCGGCUAUGACCCUACAGGAUGUGGAGAUUUUCCUGCCCAGGAUGACCAUAGAGUACGACGUGGACCUCAAACCAAUUCUAAAUCAGCUGGGUAUUGCUGAAGUCUUUAGCGAUAAGGCGCAACUGGACGGACUCUUUAAGUCGAGAACAGGCCAGAAGAUCUCGGCGGCAAGACAUCGCGGUUACAUCGACGUAAACGAGGCGGGAUCAGAGGCAGCCGCCGUCACUUUCAUGAAGAUUGUGCCCAUGAUGCUGAACAUGAACAAGAAGCUCUUCAGGGCAGAUCACCCGUUUGUGUUCUACAUACGCAACUCGCAGGCCGUGUUCUUCGCCGGCCGAUUUGUGAUUCCCGAUUGUGGAUUACCAGAGGAAGGCGAUUCGCGGGAAGGUUCCAAUGCCAGCAUGUACAAUGUCCAAGAGCAGCAGUGAGACCAAAUAAAAUUCAGCUGGGAAAUCCCACUAGAACUCAUUGAAUUUCAAUCUAAGAGAGCUGUGUUCGCAGUUCUCAAUAACAAGGUAUUGCAUUAGAGUCCAGUACAUAUAUAAGCUCGUCUUGGCACUCUCCGCUCAGUUUACAGAGAUACCUAUCUCGGGGACCAGUUCGUUGGAGGCGGUGAAAUGAAUUACUUGUGUAAGUUGCGAAUCGAUGUCGGGCAGUGAAAUAGAAGUAAAUAAAUGCCAAUGUAUUCAAUGUUAAA